CCAGGGGAGAGACGAGGGAAGAGGAGGAGAGGAAGAAGAGGGAGAGGAAGAGGAGAGGAAGAGGAGAGACGUAGACAGACAGCUGGGUGGAGGGAGAUUUUCACACCACUUUCCCCUCAUCUGAUCUGACAUGGCCACCGCAUAGGAAUCUGGUGCCACGGCAACCGUCAGCGACGAGCAGGUGUCAGGAGACUGAGUGCUGGACAGAGGGAAGGAGAGAGAGGAGGAAAGAGGGAUGGCAGCAGAGGAGAAGCCGGGCGUGAAGAGCAGCAGCUCCAUCGUCCCCUGCUUCCUGUUUGUGGAGCUGGUGAUCAUGGCUGGGACGGUUCUGCUGGCGUACUACUUUGAGUAUACGGACACCUUCCCCGUGCACAUCCAGGGCUUCUUCUGCUACGACAAGACCUUCUCUAAGCCUUACCCCGGCCCGGAUGACACCAGCAAGAUCCCGCCUGUGCUCAUCUACUCACUUGUCACAGCCAUCCCCACCUUCACGAUCCUGGUUGGAGAGCUGUGCGCUUUCUUCACCAAGGCGGAGGGAACCCAGGAGAAGACCAUUGUCACCGCAGACUGCUGUUACUUCAACCCCCUGCUGAGACGUAUCAUACGCUUCCUAGGUGUCUAUGCCUUCGGCCUGUUCACCACCACCAUCUUUGCCAAUGCUGGCCAGGUGGUGACAGGAAACCAGACGCCUCACUUCUUGUCUGCAUGUCGGCCCAACUACACAGCGCUGGGCUGCCAGUCCACCAUGCAGUACAUCACAGAGCGCCGCGCCUGCACGGGGAACCCGCUCAUCGUCAUGUCUGCGCGCAAAUCCUUCCCUUCCAAGGAUGCAGCGCUCAGCGUCUACUCUGCGGUCUACACAGUGAUGUACGUGACACUCGUGUUCAGGACCAAAGGCACGCGGCUGACCAAGCCCACGGUCAGCCUCACCCUGCUCUGUCUGGCCAUGCUCGUGGGCGUGGUCCGGGUGGCCGAGUACCGCAACCACUGGGCUGACGUCCUGGCAGGAUUUUUCACCGGAGGAGCCAUCGCUGUGUUUCUGGUGACUUGUGUGAUCAACAACUUCCAGCAGAUGCAGCCUCCUCCUCCUCCACCGCGGCCCCAACGCCCCGAGUCCGUGCUGGGCAUGCCCAUGGUGACGCUGCCUUGUGUGGAGAGUCCACUCGAAAAGUUAAGUGGUCCUCAGACUCCGCGGGGAUCUCCAUUCACCGAGAUCACAUGACCAUCAGCCCUAUCGGUUCCCCACCACCCCCGAUGUCCUCAUACCGUCUCGCUCCAUUUCCAGCGAAGUCUAGACCAGCCCGAGCAGCACUCACCCCACUGCGCCGCCCAUCCGGCUGGGCGAUAUGCAACGCUGCACCGCUCCUACUCCACGCAGGUCUAGGCCUCUCCUGAUACACACAGCACAGCACAAUACAGUACUGUACACAUCCUCACAUGCAUACACACACACACACACACACACACACACACACACACACACACACACACACAAACCAUCCCGUCGCCCCUUCCCAAGUCCAAACCCCCGGGGAACCGAUAGGUGAACAAAGACGUUCUCUUUGCUGGACUUCCAGUAAAGUAAAGACACUUCUCAGCUCCCGAGCUGAAUAUUCAGUACAGUGUCAGGUACAUCUCUUUUUUUUUUUUUUUUUUCUUUGUGAUUAUGCUCUUUUUUCCAUUUUUUAGAGACUUUUGUUUCAUCACCAGCUUUUUUUGUACAAACUCAAUCAUGUGAAGUACCAAGCUCGCCGAUAAGCCAGCGUGUCAUCAUCAGUCGUGUUUACCGUUGAAGGAGAAGCACGUCAAACUGCGACCACUGAGAACUUUUUUUUUUUUUUUUGUCUGCGACUCUGCGAAUGAGUUUUCACUCGUCUGAAGGAGCCGAAUCCUGAGACUCUCUGAGCGCCGGCUCCCAGGUCUGCCUGCAGGAGGCUGCCGUGGUGGACCAAAUCGCCCCACUAGAGGAUAAAUGUCCAGCUGUGAUUUAUCUGUACAUCUCCACCAUCCUCACGUCACACACACACACACACACACACACACACACAGAUUGACUUAAACACUGAAACAUGCUCUCUCGAUCUUUUUGUCUUCCUCUGCUUCUCUUUCUCUCACGCUGUCCUUCUUCUGCUCUUUCUCUGUCCUGCUACCUUGGAAUCUCUAACACAAACAUG